UGUGCCGUCUCAGAGAGCUCGUGAAAAGCCUGAGUAGAAGGCGGAAGCGUCUUCCGUAACGACGGUCUUCUCGGCCUUUCCAUCAAAGACGUCCAUUUUCUUUCUCCUUGUGGUUGUCGGUGGCCUCCGACUUUGUGAUGCAAAUUCUAUGCAUGCGGAACGAGAUCUUCCAACUCAAAAAUCCUUAAGUGAGAUCUCUCUUACUUAGCCCACAUGCCCUUCAAUGGAUUUCAGCGAAAUUGGCACCUUCUUGUUGAUACUUUAUGAGUUCUGAAAGAUGGGUAGGCGACAUUUCUUGCUCACAUUAGUUCUAUGUAUCGAAGUUGGAAGUUUCCUGUCUGCCAUGAUGGCAGACCCCAGAACAGAGGUUGCAUAUCUCUCCUGUGAUCCUGAUUUUGCUGUCGAUGCUUUUGUUCUGACUGGUAACUUUGUUCCUGCCAUGGCAAACUUGAGUUCGUUGAUUGAUCAAAAGGGAUAUGGCACUACCAUCGUGGGGUCGGGUCCUAAUAGAGUUUACGGGUUAGCUCAGUGUAUGAAGGAUCUGAGCUCUGUUGAUUGCAAGCUCUGCUACGCGGAGUUAAGGUCACAGCUUCCCACGUGUUAUCCAAGGGUAGGAGGAAGGUUAUUUCUCGAUGGGUGUUUUGGAAGGUAUGAGAAUUACUCAUUUUUUGAUGUGGAGAAGGAUUCGAAGGACAAACGUAUCUGUCUUUGGAGUAGGAACAGUUCGAAUCCAUUAAGGUUUGUUGAGAUGGUGAGAGAGGUCGCAGGAAAUGUAAGUCUGGAAGCUCAGAGGAACCAAGGAUUUGCAAUUGGUUCUUCGACCAACUCUACUAUGAGCGUUUAUGCCUUGGCUCAAUGCUGGCAGAAUCUGAACAGCACGCUCUGUAAAUCUUGCCUUGAUGAUGCCGCUUCCUCUAUAGUUUCUUGCGCACCAGCUGUAGAAGGGCGAGUAAUGAACGCUGGUUGUUACAUGAGAUACUCUAUACAGAGUUUCUGGAAUAAGAAUCAGACUAGUUCUCAUUCAUCAGGGCAUAGUAAGGCUUUUUGGAUCAUAUCUGGGUCUGCUGUUUCUGGGGUACUUAUCAUGGCUGGCUUUCUGAUUUGGAAGUUUAGAGCUUUAUUCAGCCGAUCCAGUGAUGAGACUCUCAAAAGUUUGUAUGGAUCAAGAUUGUCUUCACUUAUUGCUCAAUCUAACCUGAAUUACAGCUAUAAUGAACUGAGGAAUGCAACGAAUGGCUUUGAUUCAGUAAAUAAACUUGGGCAGGGUGGCUAUGGUACUGUUUACAAGGGAGUUCUUUCUGAUGGAAGAGAAGUUGCUGUGAAAAGACUCUUCAUUAACACACGACAAUGGGCUGAGCAGUUCCUGAAUGAAGUGGACCUGAUUACUAGAGUUCGGCAUAAAAAUCUGGUGAAGUUACUUGGUUGCAGUCUUGAUGGGCCUGAAAGUCUCCUAGUUUAUGAAUACUGCCGCAACAAGAGUUUGGAUCUAUUUAUCUUCGAUCCAUGCCAAGGGAAAAAAUUAGAAUGGCGCAAAAGACUUGAAAUUAUCCAGGGGAUAGCUGAAGGGCUUUCUUAUCUACAUGAAGAGUCUGACGUGCGAAUCAUCCACAGAGACAUCAAAGCAAGCAAUGUUCUUUUAGAUGAGAAGUUCAAGCCAAAAAUCACAGACUUUGGUUUGGCAAGACCUUUUGCAGAAGAUCUAACACACCUGAGCACUGGAAUUGCAGGCACAUUAGGCUAUAUGGCUCCAGAAUAUCUCGUGCAUGGGCAGUUGACCGAGAAAGCUGAUGUAUAUAGUUUCGGUGUGCUGGUUCUUGAGAUUGUUACUUGCCUGCAAUGCGGCAACUCAACAGGGUCAUCAAGUGGACAGUUCUUCUUGGCAAAGAUUUGGAGUCAUUACAAAGCAAACACUGUUGAGGAAUUACUCAGUGGAUGUGUGGAUAAGAACGAUGUGGAGGAGAUGUUGCAUGUGGUGCAGGUUGGACUUCUUUGCACACAAGCGACUCCGAGUUUAAGGCCUUCGAUGCUGAGGGUAGUGGAAAUGCUGAGGGACAGGUUUGAGGAGGCAGUUGUUCCAUCUGAACCUCCAUUUCUGGACCUUUUGUCCAUGGACUGUUUCAAUGAAAGUGAAGCUUCCAGACUGUUGUCCAGUUCAUCCAAGCCUAGUGUGUUGGCACCAUCAAUCUCUCCAAGCCAGGACUCCACAUAGUUGGCAAUGGAAGUCAUUCUCUCACAUGCAGAUGCAAGCAUAUGCGAAGGUACACCAAGCCAUGUGAACUCGUGAAUUCAUACUCAAAGGUCAGUUUCAAAGACACCUGUAUGCAGGAGGAUGUCCACAAAAGCACACAGCAGAACGUGAUCUGUGAACUACAAAAUCUAGUCCAUGAAAGCCACGAUUUCCUUCCCCCUUUUUGGUGAACUGAGAGCUAACUCUGUGUAAAGAACAGCAUCUAGAACCAACCUUAAACGUAUGGUAUUAGUGAGACUCUUCUUCGAGGUAUAUAUUACAGGACUUUUUUUAGAAUA